AUGUUCAAGGUCUAUCAAGUAGCCAAUGACGAGUUGAAGCUCAUACUCAAGAUCCAAGAGAAAGUUCGCGACCUGAAGGUUGAUGUACGAUUCGAUGGAUCAUCAAAGAGAACGAAUGCGAUUGAAAAGAGCACAGAAAGCAACGGAUCCCAAAUCGAGAGCCUCCAGAAACGCGCGUUCCACGAACAGGUCAAGAAUCAUCGCUCCUCAUCGAGCCAGCACAAAUCCAAGUCAAAAGUCCCGAAAAGCGCCAAGUAUCUAUUUCCAAGGAAGUGGGAUUCCAAGGACGACACUUUGGUUCUGCAACUCAGGAAAAAAUGUGAAGCCCUACAGAAAGCUAGGCGGAAGCUUGAAAAAGAGAAGCACGAUGCUCAGUAUGUCGUCAGCAGGCUACGCCGAAAGAUUGAGAAAAAGCAAAAGAAGUUAUCUAAAGAGAGACUUAUUUCGGAAGGAAAAGAUCUAGAAAUAGAUCUUCUAAGAGAAGAUAUCAACGCACUCGAGCAAGAACUCAAGUCGAGGAGGGGCGAUUCUGAUGGAUUCUCUGAGGAUUGUCAGGAAAUCGGCAGUAACUUGCAAUUUUGCGUCGAAUCUACCGCUAUGCGCUCACCUCAAGACUUAGGCCGGGCCACGCCGAAAGUAAGCAAUGGUGGCUAUAAGACCGAUGAUCUUUGGAGCCAAGGAUAUGGGACUACUGCCGACAGUUUUUGGGAUGGGGCCAAAACAUCGUCCUCCAUCAAAUCGGAUCCCUUCCAAAGAGCUUACGAUGCAAUCAGUCUUGCGUCUGAUCGUGCGGACAGAAACGAUUUACUCUCAAUCAAGUCGAACACCACCCGAAGGACUUCUCGUCGCACCACUGGAUCUGAGGCCCAAAUCGACCCUAUCAAGUCUGGGUCGCGUAUGGACAACUCCGGCAACGACAACAUGGCAUCAGGACGACGACGACGACGACGACGACUCCGAAAUGGAAAGAGAGUAAAUUCUGACAUCGGGGCGCCCGAACAUUGGCUGGGCGAGUCCUUCGACUGGGGCGAUGCCGGACUGCUGUGA